AUGCAGAUCUUCGUCAAGACCCUCACCGGCAAGACCAUCACCCUCGAGGUCGAGUCCUCCGAUACCAUCGACAACGUCAAGUCCAAGAUUCAGGACAAGGAGGGUAUUCCCCCCGACCAGCAGCGUCUCAUUUUCGCUGGCAAGCAGCUUGAGGACGGCCGCACCCUUUCCGAUUACAACAUCCAGAAGGAGUCUACCCUUCACUUGGUUCUCCGCCUUCGUGGUGGUAUGCAGAUCUUCGUCAAGACGCUCACUGGCAAGACCAUCACUCUCGAGGUCGAGUCUUCUGAUACUAUCGACAAUGUCAAGUCGAAGAUUCAGGAUAAGGAGGGCAUUCCCCCUGACCAGCAGCGUUUGAUCUUUGCUGGCAAGCAACUUGAGGACGGCCGCACCCUCUCCGACUACAACAUUCAGAAGGAGUCUACCCUCCACUUGGUCCUUCGUCUUCGCGGUGGUAUGCAGAUUUUCGUCAAAACUCUUACUGGCAAGACGAUUACGCUCGAGGUUGAAUCUUCAGACACCAUUGACAACGUUAAGUCGAAGAUCCAAGACAAGGAGGGUAUUCCUCCCGACCAGCAGCGCUUGAUCUUCGCCGGAAAGCAGCUUGAGGAUGGUCGCACUUUGUCGGACUACAACAUUCAGAAGGAGUCAACCCUGCAUCUCGUCCUGCGUCUGCGUGGUGGUAUGCAGAUCUUCGUCAAGACGUUGACUGGCAAGACGAUUACGUUGGAAGUCGAGUCAUCUGACACGAUUGAUAACGUGAAGUCCAAGAUUCAGGAUAAGGAGGGUAUUCCUCCCGACCAGCAGCGUCUUAUCUUCGCUGGAAAGCAGUUGGAAGACGGUCGUACCCUGAGCGACUAUAACAUCCAGAAGGAGUCAACCCUGCAUCUCGUCCUCCGUCUUCGUGGCGGCCAAUAA